CUCAAGUACAUAGUGAGACCCUGUCUCAAAAAACGAAAAAACAAAACUUCCUAUGUGAUAUAUGCGUGUGGAUGGUGAAUAAGUGUUCCAUGACCAGGAAAUGAAGUAUGCAUUUGGAAAACUCACCUCAUAUCAGGUAUUAGGAGAGAUGAAAUGUUUCACGUUGUGAAUCUCACGCUUCUUUCUGUAAAUACAUUUCUGAUGCUUUAGGAGGAGCUUACCUUUGAGGAUGUGGCUGUGAACUUCACCCAGGAGGAGUGGGCUUUGCUGGAUCCAUCCCAAAAGAAGCUCUACAGAGAUGUGAUGUGGGAAACCUUUAGGAACCUGGCUGCCAUAGGAAGACAUUCAGAUGACCAGCAAAUUGAAGAUGAGUACAACACUUGCACAAAAAGUCUAAGAAGUUUAGAGGGAGAGAAAUCCUGUCAAUAUAAAUUACGGUACCAACGUGGAGAAAUGGUUGUUUGGACUCCAGAUACAAAUGCGCACGUGAAACUCGGUGUAAAUCAGGGUGAGAGCCUUUCCUGUAGAAGGCACGUGAGUGGUUAUUCAUCAGCAGAUGGGCCCGUCAUAGCUAACCCUGGACUCAAACCUUACGGGCAGACCGUAUUUCAGGAGAAGCUGUCCAACUGUAACACACAUGGGAAAACCUGCACAAAACUCCCAUGUUUUCCAAAACAUGCAAAGACAAGUCUUGGGGAAAAACCCCAUGAACAUAUGCUACGUGGAAAAUCCUUCUCUGAUUGUACCAUUGAAGAGAAGCCGUUUAGAUAUAAGCAAGAUGUGAAAUCAUCCAUUACAUCCAAGGAUGUUCAGAUCAGGGAAGGAGGUCACAGUGAAGUGAAUACGUAUAGAUGUCUAUCACACGGAGAGAGCUUGAAGUCUCACCUUGAUCUUCAGACACAUGGUGGAAAUUUAUUUACUAACAAGGAUUCAUUUGAUAAUCAUGAAACAACUCACAUUGGGGAGAAACCCUAUGUAUGUAAGCAGUGUGGGAAAGCUUUUAGCUCGCGUGCUUAUUGUCAAACGCAUGAACGGACUCACACUGGAGAGAAACCCUAUGUAUGUAAGAAAUGUGGGAAAACUUUUAGUGCACUCAAAGAUUGUUACAUCCAUGUACAGACUCAUACUGGGGAGAAGCCCUAUGUGUGUGAGCAAUGUGGGAAAGCUUUCAGCAGGAAAGCUAGUUGGCAAAUACAUGAAAGGACUCACACUGGGGAGAAACCCUAUGUAUGUAAGCAAUGUGGGAAAGCUUUCAGCGAACGUAAAACUUGCCAAAGACAUAUGCAAAGUCACACUGGUGAAAAACCAUAUAUAUGUAAACAGUGUGGAAAAGCUUUUACCAGACACAGUUAUUGUCAAGCACAUGAAAGGACGCAUACUAGGGAGGAGGAACCCUAUGUACGUAAGCAGUGUGGGAAAGCAUUCAGUAGACAGUAUACUUGUCAAAUCCAUGAAAGGAGUCACAGUGGAGAGAAGCCCUAUGUAUGUAAGAAAUGUGGGAAAGCUUUUAGUGCACUCAAAGAUUGUUACAUCCAUGUACAGACUCAUACUGGGGAGAAGCCCUAUGUGUGUAAGAAAUGUGGGAAAGCUUUUAGUGCACUCAAAGAUUGUUACAUCCAUGUACAGACUCAUACUGGGGAGAAGCUCUAUGUGUGUGAGCAAUGUGGGAAAGCUUUCAGCAGGAAAGCUAGUUGGCAAAUACAUGAAAGGACUCACACUGGGGAGAAACCCUAUGUAUGUAAGCAAUGUGGGAAAGCUUUCAGCGAACGUAAAGCUUGCCAAAGACAUAUGCAAACUCACACUGGUGAAAAACCAUAUGUAUGUAAACAGUGUGGAAAAGCUUUUACCAGACGUGGUUAUUGUCAAGCACAUGAAAGGAGGCAUACUAGCGGGGAGGAACCCUAUGUACGUAAGCAGUGUGGGAAAGCAUUCAGUAGACAGUAUACUUGUCAAAUCCAUGAAAGGAGUCACAGUGGAGAGAAGCCCUAUGUAUGUAAACAUUGUGGGAAAGCUUUCAGUGCACUCAAAGAUUGUUACAUCCAUGUACAGACUCAUACUGGGGAGAAGCCCUAUGUGUGUGAGCAAUGUGGGAAAGCUUUCAGCAGGAAAGCUAGUUGGCAAAUACAUGAAAGGACUCACACUGGGGAGAAACCCUAUGUAUGUAAGCAAUGUGGGAAAGCUUUCAGGGAACGUAGAACUUGCCAAAGACACAUGCAAACUCACACUGGUGAAAAACCAUAUGUAUGUAAACAGUGUGGAAAAGCUUUUACCAGACACGAUUAUUGUCAAGCACAUGAAAGGACGCAUACUAGGGGGGAGGAACCCUAUGUAUGUAAGCAGUGUGGGAAAGCAUUCAGUAGACAGUAUACUUGUCACCUAAAUGAAAGGAGUCACAGUGGGGAGCAACUCUAUGUAUGUAAACAUUUUGGGAAAGCUUUCAGCACACAUGUGAAUUGUCAAACACAUGAACAGAGUCACACUGGGGAGAAACCUUACAUAUGUAAGCAGUGUGGCAAAGCUUUCAGCACACACAGUUAUUUUCAAAUACAUGAACUGACUCACCCUGGGGAGAAACUCCAUGUAUGUAAGCAGUGUGGGAAAGCUUUUACCUCGCGUGCUUAUUGUCAAACGCAUGAACGGACUCACACUGGAGAGAAACCCUAUAUAUGUAAGCAAUGUGGGAAAGCUUUUAGUGCACACAAAGAUUGUCAAAUCCAUGUACAGACUCAUACUGGGGAGAAGCCCUAUGUGUGUAAUCAAUGUGGGAAAGCUUUCAGCAGGAAAGCUAGUUGGCAAAUACAUGAAAGGACUCACACUGGGGAGAAACCCUAUGUAUGUAAGCAAUGUGGGAAAGCUUUUAGCACACAUGGUAGUUGUCAGAGGCAUGAAAGAAGUCACACUGGGGAGAAACCCUAUGUAUGUAAGCAAUGUGGGAAAGCUUUCAGCGAACAUAGAAGUUGCCAAAGACAUAUGCAAACUCACACUGGUGAAAAACCAUAUGUAUGUAAACAAUGCGGGAAAGCUUUCACCACGCACAGAAGUUGUCAAAGACAUGAGCGGACUCAACACUGGAGAAACCCUAUGUCUGUAAGCAGUGUGGAAAAGCUUUCAGCACGUGUUGUUUGUGAAACACAUGAACAGACUCACAGUGGGGAGAAGCCCUAUGCAUGUAAGCAAUGUGAGAAAGAUUUCAGCUCACAUCUAAACUGUCAAACACAAGGACAAACAUACUAGAAAAAAACUGGAAUGUGCGAACGUUUUCAUCUGGAACUUAGUGUGAAAGACAUGAAAAGUCAUACUAUAAAAAUGCUAUGCAAGAUGUGAAUGCAUAUGUGUCAUGUAUUCAGUACACUGAGAUAAUGUCAAAUACUUGAAGGAAAUUGCAUUUGGGAAAGAACUGUUAACAAUGAGGAAAAUCAUUCUCACUGCAAUGAGCAUCAUUGCAUUUUAUAAGGUGAGUAAAAGAACUGAACAUAUAAAGUGGCUUACCCAGGGAGAGGGAGACCCUUUUCUUGUACACAAAACCUUUCAGUCCACACAGGUAUCACAUACGUGAAAGAACUCCCAGUGAAGAGAACUGUAACAUAAGUGAUAAAUGUGAGACAGUUUUUUCCUCAAUUUAAAGACAUGGAAAUUCGCAGGAUGGGAAGAUUGCAUUCAUAUAUGGAAACACUUCCGUUCUUCCACUUGUCUUGAAAUACAUGAAAGAACUUCCACCGAAGAGAACGCCCAUGUGUAAAUAAUAUGAGAAGGCAUUUGUGAUUCCUGUGACAAGUGGUACGUGUGGAUUAGUAUCAUUCGAAUCAAGAAUAUGUGAAAUUUUAUUUUUACACGACUUCGUGAAACGCGGUAUUGCACAGUGGAGAAUUCAUAUCAAUUAUUACAUGGGAACCCUUGUUUAAUUCAUACCUUGUUUAAUUAAACCUUUGGUUUAAUUCAUACUGCGAAGAAACAGUAUUGUGAGAAACCAUUAAAAUAAGGAAUGUGCACAAGUUACCAGUUGUCCUGCCUGGAAGAGGGGUUAUUGUGACAAAUGGCUCUGAAUGUACAAAGUGUUCUGUUAUAACUCAUAUUUCCAAAUUUUUGACCACUUCCCAUGUCAUUGAAAGCUCAAAAAUAAGUUGUGUAAAACUUAGAUGUGAAAUAUUUCUCCAGAAAAUAAGCAGAGAUACCCUAAAAUGUGAGCUCAGUCUCAAAAGUAGAUCUCUGCACUAAAUAAUUUUAAGUUCACUUUUCAGAAUAAAUGUGCUCACAGAAUUGUGUACACUUUUGUAAGCAAUAGCAUGGGAGAUUAAUAUGUCUUAAAUGACACAUCUCUUUAUUUUACCCUAUGUCAGAUGCAUAGAAGAACUGACGUAUUUCUUACAUCCACGAGACUCAGUAGUUUGUAGGUCAUUUUCAUUUCCUUUUGCUUGUAGGAAUUGUGGGUAAUAAUGACUCCAAAACUGAAUUUUCCUUAGUAGUUGUCAUUUCCCACUAGCUUGUAUUUAAACUUGGCUGUAUGCAUUUCAUCGUUCUAGCAAGAUUUUUUUCUUUUUUUUUUUUUUGUUCGGGAGAUCAAACUCGG